AUGUUCCCCUUCCCCCUCCGGCUCACGCCCGCCGCCCUUUCCGACCUACUCACUGGAAGAGAGAUUGAGAUCCGAAGUCUCGCCUCCUCCCACAACCGCCAGACCGAGGCCAUCGCGCUCUCGGGAAAAGGACCAGGUGGCAUGGCGGGCAGAUACAUCACCUACUCGGCCGCAAGCGCGAGGGUCAAGUUGGAGCUGUGGAAGUGGUACGACCAAGAAAAGCCCCGGUUUCGUCUUGAACUGGAGGAUGCGGAUGCCGUCCCUAACGCCGCCCUGGGCAAGUUUCGCCUCCUAGAACAUCAAGGCUUCCUUCCCUGCCGCCGUCGGCGCAAUGAGGCGCCUCUGGCAAGGCAACACCUCUCCCGAGUUCGUCACCAUAUUCCCAGCUCACUCGCCAUCGUCUCGCCCUGCUCCAAUACACCUCCUCUGACGUGUUGGACCCGAGUCUGUUCAUCCCCGAAAUGGUACUGCGACAUCAUUGACAUAGCCCGCAUCCACAUCGAAGCACCCCUCUCUCCAGACGUUCAGUCCAAAUGUCUGGUUGCCCACGCCGGCAGUUUCAACAUCAACGACCUCCUCGCCGUCUUCCGCCUGGUCCAACCCGACCGGACCUUCCCGGCCGACCUGCCCAAUCUCGCCUCCGACAAAGGCACUAUCGCCAACGAAAGGGCCACCCAACUAAUGCAACGUAGAUGA